UCUCGGGCAAGAUCGUUUAUGCUUGUGGACUAUUGGACUCCCGAUGCGUCUUGACGAAGUGGAGUACGGUAUUGCAUACUGAGGGGUGUAUACAUCCACGAUGCGUUUUGCGAGAAAGGAGUAACUGUUCGUUUCUAGGCAGUCGUUCUGGGGGACCUUGGUAUAUUUAACACUAUUUUGGGAGGUGGGAAGAGGAAGAAUGAAAGAGGUCUUCCAACGGAGCGGUCUUAAACAUGAACGGUGCCCUUUACAUUUCGUUUUUCCAAGGUCAGCUGGAGUCCGCGCUGGAGCAGGUAGUGCAGCUCUCCGUUCAGGAAAUCACCAACACUGUUGGGGCCACUUUGAAUUCAAUGCUAUUGGAAACGGCCACCAAAGAGCAAGAAAACCAGCGUUUAAGGGCGACCCUUCAGUCUCGUGGAGGGAACGGGACAAGCAAUGCGUCUAAGGGGAAAACAGACACGAACGAUGAAACAAAGCAACACACCCCCAGUCAAAGCCCUGAAUGUGGCGUUCAAUCUGAAACACUCAGGCGAGAACAGAAAGCGCGAGCAGUUGGUCAGUUAAAAUCUGUUAUGGAACAUGUGCUGGAAUUCGCCGUUUGUGAGCUGACUAAAAUCGUGGAAGACAGCUUUGACGACCUGCUCUCGGAGUUCACCAAGAAGGAGCGGGAAAACCAGAUAUUAAGAAAGCAGUUACAGGACCAGGACCUAGUGGAGGACAGUGAUGCGCUUGCUGUGGAAACAGAGGACCGUGAAAACGACUCUGCCUCUCCGAGCAGUUCCAAAGCGGAAAAGAACAAGUCAAAAGGCCUGCAGGACCAAUCACCCAAAAAAGAGUGGGAAAGGGAAGAAACGGAAACCACAAAUGAACCAGACAAGCAGACUGUCAUUGCAGUGUCUCAGGACUGGGUGCCCAUCCUGGACAAAGUUUUCGGGCAGAAGUGGUGCAGUGACCUCUGGCAGAUCAAAGAGGUCACCACCAGUAAAGAGGAGUGCACUGGGCUGAGCUCGGGCACGGUGACCGACAUGGACAGCUUAAUUCGGGAGACGCUCAUGCCGUCUUGUCUGGCCACUCAGAGGAAGCUGGAGCUUGAGGUGGGCCAGCAGCCCUGGUUGCCACUUGAUGAUAUGGAGGUUGAUUCUCUAACCUCUGAGACUCAAGGUGUUCCUGUCAUCAGCUCCACAGGUGACGACUCUCAAAUCAGAUCCUCGUCAAUGUUGCAAAGACUCCUGACGCUUCCUUCCCAGAUUCUUGAGGAUGACGAUGAGUCCAUGGAUGCCGUUCCCAGUAUGGAAGGGUCUACAGAUCCGGCUGAGUUGCAACUCUGUAAGGGCUCAAAGAUUGACCAGAUGAAUAAGAAAAAGGAAGAAGAGGAGGAUGACGAGGAGGAUGAUGAAGAUGGUGACGAGACGAGGGACAGGACCGAGUCCUUGAAACCCAAAGGUAGGAGAAAAUCCCAUGCUUGCAAAGAGUGUGGCAGGAAGUUCAGCCGAGCGCAUCUUCUCCGAGCCCACCGACAAACGCACGAGGAGAUGCCCAACCGAUGCCCACAAUGUGGAAAGAGUUUCUCCCAGUCUUCAAGGCUCCAGUCUCACUUACGGACGCACACGGACAAAACGAUAUGAGCGCGCGAAGAUGAAAGAAAUUUAGGAGAAUAGGAAGGGAGGUUUUCCCAGUGAUUGUUGCUUUUGGAAGUGAGUCAGACUUUAAAAUUAAUUGCAAGUACUGAUAAAGGAAAUGCAAGGAAUGUGUAGCCUUUUUUGCUAGUUUGAAGGUACACUGAGGUAAUUAGACGUCCGACAGAAUUUAAGAUGUUUUUACCUCCAUUAAAUUUCUCUAACUGUAGGGAUUAUUGGAAGAAGCAAAUACCAGUAAUAAUAACAAGCUGUGUACACAGUGUAAAUAUCAAAGUAGGGCUGCAUAGACCAUCACAAUAAGGAUAGAAGAAUUUCCUUUUUCCAUUGGGUGUUUUUUUCAUAAUUCCAGUUUUUAAAGAUUCUAAAACUUUGUCAAUAUUUUAAACAUGUUACAUGAAGAUGUUGUGGAAAAGGAAUCCGCUAGUUAAUAGGCCCAUGCUGCAUGCAGC